AUGCCACGUGAACAAGUCGAAUGGUUUAUGAAACAAUCAGUACAUGAUAGUGAUAAAAUACAUGCUCGACAAAGUUGUACUUAUUAUUCAAUUGUAAAUGUAAACAAAACAAAUAAUCCAUAUUUGAGUUCUUAUGAACAAGAACAAACAUGGACAUUAACACGAACAAUAUCAAAAAAUCAUAAACGAUAUCAAUCAUCAAUAGAAAAUAUUCAUUUAACAAUGCCUAUUUCAUCAUUAAAAACAAAACAUGCGGAUUAUGAAAAUAUCAAUAUAAGAAAAGAUCGAUCUACUUCACUUUUACCAUUACAAAAAUAUACAUCAUCAUCAUCACUUCAUUCUUCUCCUACUAAAAUAAAUUCAAUGGUUCAUCGACAACAAAAAAUUUUACCAAUAACAAACAGUAGUUCGAAUUCAAAAGUCAACUUAGAUAAAAAACACUCACUAUCAUUAACCAAACCUAUGCGUACCAUUCCUACUACUGACGACUUUAUUGUACGAAUUUGA